AUGGUAACCUUCAUAUAUUAUAUACAUCUCUUUUCUUUUGCAUCUCUUUCUUUCAUUCUUUCUUUGUCUUUUGGUAAUUUGGUAAUUCAUAUAUUAACCUUCUUUCUCUUUCUUUCUUUUUCUUUCUUUUAUAUAAUAUAUUUCUGUCUUCUACAUCUUUUUUCUUUCUUUCUUUUCAUUAUAAUAAUCAUUCUGUCCAAUAGUCUUUGUCUUCUUCUCUUUCUUUCUUUCUUUUCUUUCAUUAUAAUAAUCAUUCUGUCCAAUAUCUUUUCUUUCUUUCUUUCUUUUCUUUUAUUAUCAUUCUGUCUUCUUUGUCUUCCAUCUUUUCUUUCUUUCUUUCUUUUCAUUAUAAUAAUCAUUCUGUCCAAUAUCUUCUACAUCUCUUUCUUUCUUUCUUUCUUUCUUUUCUCCUUCUGUCAAUUCUUUGGUAAAUUUUUCUUUCUUUUCUUUCUUUUCUUUCAUUAUAAUAAUCAUUCUUCUUUUGGUAAUUCAUUAACCUUCAUUCUCUUCUUUCUUUCUUUUUUCAUUAUAAUAAUCAUUCUGUCCAAUAGUUUCUUCUCUCCUUUCUUUUUUCUUUCUUUCUUUUUCAUUAUAAUAAUCAUUCUUCUUCUGCAUCUCUUUCUUUCUUUCUUUCUUUUCAUUAUAAUAAUCAUUCUGUCCAAUAGUCUUUGUCAUUUGGUAAUUAUUAUAGUCUUCUGCAUCUCUUUCUUUCUAACUUUCUUUCAUUAUAAUCAUUUCUGUCUUUUCUUUCACCUUCAUAUUUAUAGUCUUUCUCUUUCUUUUCUUUCUUUCUUUCUUUCUUUUCAUUAUAAUAAUCAUUCUGUCCAAUAUCUUCUACAUCUCUUUCUUUCUCUCUUUCUUUCUUUCUUUCUUUCUUUUCAUUAUAAUAAUCAUUCUGUCCAAUAUCUUCUGCAUCUCUUUCUUUCUUUCUUUCUUUUCAUUAUAAUAAUCAUUCUGUCCAAUAUCUUUCAUCUCUUUCUUUCUUUCUUUCUUCUUUCUUUUUUCAUUAUAAUAAUCAUUCUGUCCAAUAGUCUUUUUGUAAUUCAUGGUAAUCCUUCAUAUAUUAUAGUCUUCUGCAUCUCUUUUCUUUCUUUCUUUCUUUCUUUUCAUUAUAAUAAUCAUUCUUCUUCAUCUCUUUCUUUCUUUCAUUCUUUCUUUCUUUUCAUUAUAAUAAUCAUUCUGUCCAAUAGUCUUUGUCUUCUACAUCUCUUUCUUUCUUUCUUUCUUUUCAUUAUAAUAAUCAUUCUGUCCAAUAGUCUUUGUCUUCUGCAUCUCUCUUUCUUUUCUUUCUUUCUUUCUUUUCAUUAUAAUAAUCAUUCUGUCCAAUAUCUUCUGCAUCUCUUUCUUUCUUUCUUUCUUUUCAUUAUAAUAAUCAUUCUGUCCAAUAGUCUUUGUCUUCUGCAUCUCUUUCUUUCUUUCUUUCUUUCUUUUCAUUAUAAUAAUCAUUCUUCUUCUGCAUCUCUUUCUUUCUUUCUUUCUUUCUUUCUUUCUUUCUUUCUUUUCAUUAUAAUAAUCAUUCUGUCCAAUAGUCUUUGUCUUCUACAUCUCUUUCUUUCUUUCUUUCUUUCUUUUCUUUCUUUUCAUUCUAUCAAAGUCUUUGGUAAUUCAUUUCUAACCUUCAUAUAUUAUAGUCUUCUGUAUCUUGAAUUUCUUUCUUUCUUUCUUUCUUUCUUUCUUUCUUUCUUUCUUUCUUUUCAUUAUAAUAAUCAUUCUAUCCAAAAGUCUUUGAUUUAUCUGUCUAUCUAUUUAUCUAUCACUGUGUUCAUAUCUAUCUAUCUAUCUAUCUAUCUAUCUAUCUGUGUUCAUUAUCUAUCUAUAUGUCUGUCUAUCUAUCUUCCUGUCUGUCUGUCUCUAUCUCAAUGUGUUAAGAUUUAUCUAUCUAUUUAUCUAUCUGUGUCUUCAUAUCUAUCUAUCUAUCUAUCUAUCUAUCUAUCUAUCUAUCUAUCUAUCUAUCUAUCUAUCUAUCAAUCUGCCUGUUUGUCUGUCUCAGUGUGUUUAGAUCUAUCUAUGUAUCUAUUUGUAAAGUAA